CCCUCCCCCCCCAGCGCAGGAAAAGACGAACACAAGGCUGCCAGCUCAAGGGGAGAGGCCAAUAGCAGCAACGUUCUGGUUACAGAGGUGCGAACACACUGAACACCACCCAAAAGAUGCUUCGGAACAUCUUGGCGAAAUAACAGGCCGUCACCUCAGUCGCCGCCACCAUUUCAUUAAUCUCCCACAAGAAUUGCACCAUCACCAAAGUCGAAUAGAACAUCAUCGACCGGCUGUGCGAUACACUCAAGAUCUUCAACAACUCAACCCUCUUGUCACCGCAAAGCAAAAAACCCACAACAUCCCUGAUCUCCGAAUUAUGGACUGCUUGAUAACAACAGUGGACGAAGCUUCCCUGUUGUUCAUAGGUAUCCGAAGAGAUCUCAGGCAUAAGGCCGAGCUCGAAGGCUGCUACGCUACUAUGCAGCAAAAGCUGCACGCCCAUAGAAAGUACUAUUCGAGGCCGUCCGCGUACAUUGCGCUCUACUUGGACCCAGGUACGUGUGAUUUCACCUUCCAGACGAGCCCGAAACCCCAGAAAGUACAUGAUAGGUCUGACGUGGCUCUCGCGAUAGCAAUGGCACGGUCACAACAUCAAGCACCGAGGCCGAGCUCCCCUCCCUCGCUGAAGCAGCCCGCGAACAGAUAGUAUUGUCUCACUUUCUAGAUGCGAUGACAUUCCAACGCGACGGCAGCGUCCGUGUGUUUUGCGACAACUUGCAGACGAUCCAUCUACUCACCUCGGCGACGCCCACCCUCCUCACCAGGCUGCGGUACAAGGAUGUACAGCAGCACUGGCUUAGGCAGGAAGUGCAAGCCUGCCGCAUCAAUGUCAUCUGGGUGCCUUCGGCGUAA